GGAGGGGCUGAGCCGGGACAGCGGGAUCGAUGUGGUGUUGUCGGGGGAGGAGAAUGCGGGGACCGAGCUGCAGCUGGUGGGGCUAGGAAAAAGUUAACGCAAACGGAGGUAUUCUAGACAUCCCAACACUGAACCUGGCACGAGGAGGCUCACACCCAGCUGCUCAUUCUGCAAUAGCACACACACACACAGGGCCAUGGUUACAUCCCUACCAUCAGCACAGACACAGUGCUACGAGGUGACUGUGUGUGAAUUCACAGCUCCCUGUUUCUAAGGAGUGUCAUGAAGGAUGAGAAAGGACGUUAGACCAAGGCCAGAAAAGUAACCAGGCUGGUAACGAGAACCAACAUCCUGCACUUGGCUCUGUAGGCACAAGGAAUGGCUAUGGAAGAUCCUGACAGGAAGACAGAAGUAGUGCUGCUGGCCUGCGGGUCCUUCAAUCCCAUUACCAACAUGCACCUGAGGCUGUUUGAGCUGGCUAAAGACUAUCUCCACGAGACAGGAAAAUACAAAGUAAUCAAAGGAAUAAUUUCACCAGUAGGUGAUGCAUAUAAGAAGAAGGGUCUGAUCAGUGCUGAUCACCGAGUAACUAUGGCAAAAUUAGCUACCAACAACUCAGAUUGGGUGGAAGUUGAUGACUGGGAAAGCAGCCAGAGUGAGUGGCUGGAAACAGUAAAAGUUUUAAGGCACCAUCGUGAAAAGCUUUCAUCCCCUGAUCCUACCAUUAGUCUGCAGAAUGCUUUACCUUUAACAAAGCCAGGACGGAAGAGGAAACAAGAACCAAAUAGGCACGAACCCGUUAAGAAGAAAAAUCAGAGUCCAGAUGGAAAAAAUGUCCCACAGGUUAAACUGCUUUGUGGAAGUGACGUGCUGGAAUCCUUUGGGAUCCCCAAUCUGUGGAAGUUGGAGGACAUCACUGAAAUCAUACAGAAUUAUGGCCUUGUAUGCAUCAGCAGGGCUGGAAACAACACUCAGAAAUUCAUCUACGAAUCUGAUAUUUUGUGGAAAUACAAGAAUAACAUUCAUCUCGUGGAAGAAUGGAUCACAAAUGACAUUUCCUCCACCAAAAUCAGGAGAGCAUUGCGGAGAGGCCAGAGCAUUCGUUACCUAGUGCCUGAUGUGGUGCGGGCAUACAUAGAGAAAAAUGAUCUGUAUAGUCUAGAGAGUGAAGACAGGAAUGCUGGGGUUACCUUGGCUCCCUUACAGAAAAAUGCAAGUGAUUCUAAGAACUAGUGGGCACUUCACAGAUCAUUUGCUUUCUGGAAAGAUAAUUUUGGUACACAAAGAUGGUUUUUUCCAGUCAAUAGCAAACAAAUUCUAUGGCUUCAGUAGAUGUGUAGCUGGUGACUUGGUUUGGUUUGUUUAACCACUGGGGCCUAUACGAUCUUCAUUUUAUAAAAUCCAAUAAUAAGAUGAUCACAGUUCAGUUCAGUGAACAAAAUACAAGAAUUUACAGUAGUGUAUGAGAGUUACAAAUAUGAACCAAACAAAUGAAACAUUCUGAUGUCUUUUAGCUCAGACUACUCUGCUAUUUAUGAAAUAGGUACACAAAUAACUCAGUGUUGUAAGCAGCAAAGCCGUCUUCCUUUGAAAUACUCCACUCCUGAGAGUAAAUCUGCAGUCAUUAAUUCUUUACAAACCGCUAACACAUGAUGCAACUUAAAGGAAUUAUUUGGUUGCCUCCUGUGGAAGGAGGAAGUUUGCUGCUAGGUGCUAUACCAUGCUUUCUGUUGCUUGCCUUUCAAACACGAAGCCUGUUUGUUUGCUGCCAUGCAAUUUGCACCCAAAAUGCCUCGUGCUUUAGUUUUUCAUUCACAUUUCCAGAGCUCUAGGUUAAGUUCAGCAGCAUUUCUCAAAUGAGGAUAGACCUACUUCAAAAACCAGUUUACAGCCAUUGAUUUAAUGGAUAUUAGUAACAGCAUCAUUGCUGAUUCUCAUACCAUUUUCCUUUUAUUUCCAAUAAUAACUGAGCCUUUACUUUUGAGCCAAAUACAGAGAGACAGAAUCGCUGCUACUGGAGUUGAGAAGAAAUAGUUGGACACAAGGAAGCAGAAUGUUUUUCUUUGCUGGAGAUCUGAUUUAGAAUCUAACAAAACACUGUCUCUGUUAUACCAGCAUAAACUAGAGACAUGAUGAAUGGCAAUUGAAUUCUACCUCCCUUUCUUUUCUGCCAUCCCAUUUUUUCUUUGGAUUAUGUACCUUAUUAGAAGUGUCCGGGUUUCCAAGAUGCUAACAGGUCAAUGGCUUUUUCACAGUAUUUGCACACAACAAAUCCAUUUUUCAGAUCCACAAAGCCAACAGAAUGGGAGAUUCUGAGGGUGUGGAGGGCUCAUAUAAAAGAGGAGUCAAGAUUUCAGUGGGAAGAGCUGCAAUCUGCAGUGGGACUGGGAUCAUUCCCCUGCAGCGGGGGACAGCUUGUAGGCAGGUUUACACUGUCUUCUGAUAAUGAGGCUGGGUUCAUGCAUGAUCAACAGUAGUAAUGGUAUUAAGGGACAUGUUAAACACCUCUGUCAUGAUUCAACAAACAAAAUGCCAGUGAAGACUGAAUAUGGACUAUAUUACUGAUGGUGCAUGGGAAAGAACAAGAUCUGUAUUACUUUUCUGUCUGCUGUCUCUGUGGCAGAUAAGAGCAAAGAACAAGAUUUAAUUUAAUUACUCAACUUGAUUAGUGUGUUUCUGAAUAAACAGAGCAGAUCUAGUGAGUAAGAAAGCACCCUAUCUUUGUGGUCACUUUUUGGUGUAAAAACAUGCUAUAGGUUUACUCUAAGUAAUGAGUCUGAUGUGUAUGGCUGUACUUUGUGCACUUCUAGAGAAGCUGCAUAAUUAACUAAUACUAAUUAUACUUCAUAAAGCACCAAUUAUCAGACACUUCUAUUUCACUGCAUUUUCAUGUAGUUACACGUGAUGGGAUUUUCAAUAUAAUAAAUUGCAUGUAAUAUGCCAGUUGUAGUCAUUAA